AUGGACGACGAGGAAAACGACGAGAUAGCAGCAGCUAUGGGGUUCGCUUCGUUUGGCGGUACAAAGAAACGUAAAUUCGACCACUCGCCCAAAGCCAAGCCCGAUGCGAAUGACGCGAGCGGUGCCAACUCGACUGCACUGGGCGUGAGAACAAAAAAGGUGGCGAGUGCAGAAGAUGUCAAGAGUGAGAAACUGCAGGCCCAAAGUAAUACGCUGGGUAGACAAAAGAAGAAUCAAACGGCAGAUGCAGGUCUUGCCAGCUUCCUAGCACGUGGCCAAAAUCUUCCUGAACACGCGCCUCCGACCGCAAGUGCUCAAGCUCCGGCAGCUUCAGCCGAGCAAUCUGCUGGGGAGAUGGUGUCUUUUGGCGGUCCUUCAAUUUCUCGAACAGAGUUGAAUUCGCUGCGCAACGGUGUCAGGACGGAGAAUGGAGAUACAGCGUACUUCCUGCCCAGCUUUGUUGAAGACCCUUGGGCGAGGUUGAGGAAAGGGGGGAGUGGAUGA